AUGAUGGGAAUUCUCAAUUCCAUUUUUCCUGACUUUUUUACUCGAGAUUGGAUAUAUUUGUUCCCUUUAUAAAUAUAUGUGAUUAGGAAAUCUCUUAAAGUUGAACUAUACUAAUUCAUGGUCUACAAAAAUCUUGAAUAAUUGUCAAUAAACGAAUUAAAAUAUAUAUCAUGUAUGGUCUUUGAUGGACUAAGUUUAGAUAAUAUAAAAAAUCAAUUAUUUUUAUAUUAAUUUGUUGAAAAAAAUUCAAAUAAAAGUGAAAAAUUAUAUUCUAUAAGAGCAAAAGAAUUAAAUAAGUAAUCCAUUGAAAUUAUUUAACAAUUUAUACUGCAAAUGAUUCUUAGGCGUUUAGAAUGUCUUUCAGAAGAGAUAAAGACCCCUUUUAAAUUGUUAUAGAUAUACAUUAAUUAUAUUUAAACCUUGAUUGUUUUGAGUCUCUAUGUUGAAGCGUAAUAAAUUAUAGAAUAGUUAUUUCGAUAUACAUAAAAUAGUCCAUCUAAAAUAGCAUCAAAAACAUUUAAAUUAGUUAUAAGAGCAGAAUUGAAUUCAUUAUAUAAGAUCUAUUUUGAAAUCUUAGAAGAUAAGAUCAUUGCUAAUAUGCAAAAUAAAAUGAUCUAAUAAUCUUCAUUACUAAGAUUAAAUAAUUAAGCUAUAUCUUAGGCCAUUAAAUAGCUUACUAUUAUUAACUCUAAUAAUAUAGAUGUGCAAAGUAUAUUUAAGGACGUUCUAUAAUCGAAAUUAGAAUUUUUGAGUUUUAACUAAAAGGAAAAGAUAUCUGAAUAAGUAUUUAGUAAUAAAGUUCAUUAAAUUUUGACAGAGUAAGAGCACUUGCUAACUAGGUUAAAAUCAAAUUAUGAAUUAUUCCCAAGUAAUAUCAUGUUAUUAAUGAAUAGCAAUAUAGAAUUAAAGUAUACUGAUGACAUACUAAGUUUAAAUUCUAAACAACUUUCUUGAUGCUUACUAUUUUAGUUAAACGAUUGCAUUAGAUGAAGAUAUUAUCCUUAAACAUCACCAGUCAGAAAUGGUUAAUUUCUUUAAUUAAUCCUUUAAUUUUGUGAUUUUUGAAAUUCAUGAUCUAUAAAACAUUUAGAUAAAAUAUCAUUCAGCAAGUUAGAAUGAGAACUUCACUUUAAAAGAAGGAAAUCAAUUGCAUUCAUUGAUUCCUCAAUCAUUAAAGACCUUCCAUUAGUUAUUAAUAGAAAAAUUUUUGUAGGAAGGGUAAAAUAAAUAUUUUUAGGCUAUCGAUGAAACAUUCAUUUAGAUAAGAAAGGGUAUAUUUUAACCUAUAGACAUUUGCAUGGAUUUAAAUUAUAAAAAUACCCAAAACAUUGAGAUAAUUACAGUUUAUCGUUCGCCUUAGAGUGAUAAAUAAUUAAUGCUUGUAGAUUCUAACUUGCGAUUACAAGAAAUCAGUCUUUAUCUAUUUACAAAUGGCUUUAACAUAUAAGAAAAUUAAAUAGACUUUAUUAUUGGUCUACAUAUAACUAAAGUGAUUCCUGGAUUCAAAAGAUAUAUUGAUGAAAAACUCUUCGACAUAAAGAAUUGUCCUAUCAAUUUCUUUAAUUAUUAAGAUGAAUAGGAUUCUAAAACAAAAUCUAAAACUCACUAUAAUUUUGAUGAUUUUGAAUAGAUUUCAUUUUAUUCUUGCCAUUUAACAAUAAUUCAAAGAGUUUUUGUUGAUAAUUAAUUUUAUUAUAUAUUGAAAGUGGAUAAUCUAAAACUAGAUAGAGCUAAUUCAUAUAGUUAAUUUAAAAUGACAUAGAAUUCAGAACACUUUUGUGAGAUGGAUGAGGAAAUUGAAAUUAAUAUUCCGGAUUUAGAUGAAUUUAACCAAAAAUAAAUAAUUUUAAACACUGAUAGAUAGGAAGCUUAGUUGGAAUUAAUACAAAAUCAUUAAGAAUAUGAUUAAAAUUAUGAUAAGAAAUUCACUGAAACUUCAAUGUUUAAUAAAUAGAAACAAUAAGCAUAAAUCGAAUAGAAUGAAGAUUCUUCUAAUCUAUCUAGCAUUGCUAAAAUUAAAAAAUCUCCCUUUUAUAAAAAAUUUACACAAUAUUCCACUAUUAUCAACUCUCAAACUAGAUCUAAAAAUUUGAUUGCCUUCAAUAUUUUCUAUUUAAUGUAUAUAGUAUUAAUCCUAACAUUUUCAAUCAAAGUGAUUGUUGCUACCUAUUAAAUUAAAGAGUAUAUUUCUCAAAUGAAUUUACUAUCCAUUAAAAAUGAAGUUUAUUAGCCAAUAGAAUCAUUUUUAUUAACAAGAUAUACUAUAAUAACUUAUAAUACACUUUUAUCAACAAAGGCUGUUACAUAAAAUGAAUACUAAUAUUUGAUAAAGUUUCCAAAUUCAAACUUACUUUCAGGUUAUGAUGACUUAAAAAUUAGUAUAACCAAAGUGUUAGAUAUUCCCGAAUUCUAGCCCUUUUUGUAGGAGAAUUAUUAAAUUAUAACAUUAUAUGAAAAAACAAACAUUGGGAAGGAAUACAAUAUUACAUUUCGUGAGGCCAUACAUUUGCUAUUAAAUUAUUAAUACGAUUAUAAAUUGGCAUAUACAGUUAAGACAAUUGUAAUAGAUGGCCCCUACUUUUAUUAUUCCUAUAAAAAUUAUAUAGUAUUAUUCAAUAAAUUUUUGGACUUGUAAAAUUACACUUUAGAAUCAACAUUUACAUUAUGCGAUGCAAAUUUAAAGGAUAUUCAAAUUUAUCUUAUAAUAUUUGAUGUUUUGACUUUCUUCAUAGUGAUUGUUAAGGUCUACCACAAAGGUCAAAUACGAUAAUUUAAGAAUAAGAUUCUAACGCUUAUAAGAAAUUAAGAUCUUCAUUAAAACGAAUAGGAUAUUGUGAUAUUGAAAUAAUUUUAGUUACAAAUAUAAAAUAAUAGACAUAUGAUUUAUGGAUAUAAAUUAGAUUUAGAUGGAAUUGACAAAACUUUAAAAUCGCGGUAAAAACAUUUUAAAUAAAGAUAAAUAAAUUAAAAGAGACAAGUAUCUUUACAAAUGAAGAAAUAGCUAUUCUUAAUUAUUUUCCAUUAUUUAAUAUUUUUUGGAUUAAGUCUAUUAUUUUACAUUAUUAUAAGAAACUAUUUGGAUAAUUAUAAGCAAACAGCUCUAUAUUAUUAAAAAAUAUCCGAUACAAGUGUGAAUGUAUUAAUAAUUUAUGCUUGGAAGGAAGCAUUAUAUUUCAAAUCUACAUUUACAUUUUUAAAUAAAACAGAAAUUUAAUAAUUUUAAGAUCAUAUUUAAAGCAGUUUAAAUUCCUUGUAAGAAAUCGCAUCCAGUUUAGUAAAUGUAAAUGAUUUGAAUUUCUUAUUUGGAGAUUCAACAGAAAAAAUAGUAAAUAUUUUAACCUAAGAUUCAGUCUGUGAUAAUUUGAGUGAUGUAAGGAUUAUUUAAUAUUUAGAAAUACAAAACCAAAGCAGAUUCUAUUUGUAAUUACGUAAUGUAAGGUGUUCUGACGAAAGGGUUAAUUAAUUCGUUAAAUUACAUGAUUAACAGUGUAAAAACCGAAUAUGAUACUACUCAUUUUGAUACUAGAUAGGCUUAUCAAUAAUUAGAAUUAGAAGGUGCUUCUUUGGUAUCUGAUGUUUUACAGCAACUUACUACUUCCCUAAAAGAAGAAUUCACUUCAUUAACAAUGUAUAUGUAAUUUCAAAUAUUUGUAAAAAUAAUAAGCUAUAUUUUUAGAUUUUUGUAUCUGUUUUCAUUAUACUUGAAAUCGUGACAAUCUACUAUUUAAAUUAUUCAUUUAAGAUUGAACAAAGCAGACUAGAUUUGUUAAAGAAGUUCAUAUAUUUGAUGCCUUCAGGAACUUUAUUUUAUGAUGAAUAAUUCUAAAGACAAUUCAAAAGAGUAAUGAUUAAUGAAAAAAUUGCUUGA